AUGCAGCCUUUAGCAGUUCUCAUCGACAUCCUCGCCAUUUUGGGGAUGUCGAUGCCAUGCAGUGCAACAGCACCUCCCACCACACCACCUCCCACCACUUUGACCAACGGCACCAUCAAUUCUCAAGUGCGCCUCGCAUACGCGGGGAAUACGGGCAUGAUGGUCUCAUGGAAUACUUUCGUGAAAGUUGCGAAACCAAGAGUGUAUUACGGCCUCUCGCCAUACCUACUCCUAUUUGUUGCGCAAUCGACGGUCUCGGUAACAUACAACACCUCGCUCACAUACAACAAUCAUGUACCGCUCAAUCAUCUGCUCCCAGACACCGUGUACUACUAUCGUCCAGACCCACUGCUUACGGACGAUUCGACCACGGUGCCAUACUCUUUCCGCACCAGCAGACGCCCCGGAGAUGGGACUCCAUAUUCAGUUGCGGUGACCAUUGAUAUGGGUACGAUGGGUCCAGAUGGAUUGAGUACAACUGCAGGGGCUGGGGUGAGACCCACCAAUGUUCUGGGUCCAAAUGACAACAACACGGUGCAGUCACUGACCGCAGUGGUCGAUUCGUAUGACUUCCUCUGGCAGCCUGGAGAUAUGGCUUAUGCCGACUAUUGGCUCAAAGAAGAGAUCCAAGGAUUCCUUCCUAAUAUUAGUAUCGCGGAAGGCUACAAGGUAUACGAGUCUAUCCUGAAUAACUUCUACGACGAAAUGACGCCUAUCACAACCAAGAAGCCCUACAUGGUUGGACCAGGAAACCACGAAGCAGACUGCCUCGUAGGUACACAAACUGAUACGUCACGGCACAUUACGUAUAAUGAUAGUAUUUGUAUGCCAGGCCAAACCAACUUCACUGGUUUUAUCAAUCAUUUCCGUAUGCCAUCAGCACAAAGUGGAGGGACGGGAAACUUCUGGUACUCGUUUGAUCAUGGAAUGGCGCAUUAUAUCCAGCUCGAUACAGAAACCGAUCUUGGUCAUGGCUUUAUUGGUGUUGACGAGCCGGGUGGAGCCGGGGGCCAACAUUCGGGACCUUUCAGUAAUAUCAUGAAUGCGCAGACGACAUGGCUGAAAAAUGAUUUAGCGGCUGUGGAUCGGCAGAAGACGCCAUGGGUGAUCGUUUCGGGGCAUAGACCUUGGUAUCUAUCCUAUGCCAACGUGUCGAAGACAAUCUGCUGGCCUUGCAAAGAUGUCUUCGAACCGUUGCUGCUGGAAUAUGGUGUCGAUCUUUACAUCUCGGGACACGCGCAUGUGUAUCAGCGAUCGGCUCCGCUUGAUAAUGGGGUUAUUGACCCGAAUGAGUUGAACAACCCAAGCGCUCCAUGGUACAUAACCAAUGGCGCAGCAGGCCAUUACGAUGGUCUUGACUUCCUCGCAAGUCCCGCACAACCCUAUCAGCGCUUUGGUCUCGAUACAAAUGAUGGCAUCUACGGAUGGUCCAGGCUUACAUUCCACAACUGCACACACUUGACACACGAUUUUGUGGCGUCAAAGAAUGGGACGGUUUUGGACAGAGCUACAUUUCUUGAUUGUGACUCUCUUGGGGAUGAGCUACCCAAAAGAGAAACCCGUUGUCUGGCAUCAUUUCUCAUUGCAUUAUCUCCCUCUGAUGCCGUAAAAGGAUCACCUGGUUGCAAGAAGAAAGAUCCGAGAAGCUCUACCGAGAGUGCUGGUACUAUUGGAGCAGCUGAGGUGUAA